CUCCCCGGCUCCCGUAGGAGAGCUCCAGCCGUGGCGGCGCCACGUCCCCUGCGGCGGCGGGAGAAAGAUCAGUGGGGCCUCGGGGCGGCUCCGGGAGGCCAUGGCCUUUACGUUGUAUUCGCUGCUGCAGGCGGCCCUGCUCUGCGUCAAUGCCAUCGCGGUGCUGCACGAGGAGCGCUUCCUCAAGAACAUUGGCUGGGGAGCAGACCAGGGAAUUGGUGGAUUCGGAGAGGAGCCAGGAAUUAAAUCUCAGCUAAUGAACCUUAUUCGAUCUGUAAGAACUGUGAUGAGAGUGCCAUUGAUAAUCAUAAACUCAGUUGCCAUUGUAUUACUUUUAUUAUUUGGGUGAAGAACAGUGGGGGAAAUGGAGACUCAGAAGAAGAGAUGCCAGCAGAAAUUAUUACUUCGGUCAUUAUUGGAAUAUACAUGUUAUCGCCGGUUGUCCUUGCACUUGACAAAAAUGUAAAUCUGACAAUAAAACCAGAGUCCCUAUUUAUCUGAUUUUUAAAAAAAUGUUGCACUUACAGUUUCAUUACAAAAGGUUUAGGUCAUCAGAGGCAGUAACUAUCCAGAACUGGAAUACAUUUGAUUGCUAAUUGUUAAUAAAAGUUCAUCCUAUGGUAAAGAUUGUUCAGAGGGUAUAGGACUGUCACUUGUGUGUUUUUAGAGAUUUUUCUCUCUCACUUCUUUCUCAGGGAUAAAUUUUUUUUCAAAGUUUUGAAGUUCUUUGUGACUUAGCUAUGAUGUGAGAGUGAUUAUCUUCCUAGAUAAAUUUAAAGGAUUUUUUUUAAAAGCAGUUACUACAUAUAAAAUGGUAAGUCAGUAAUUUGGAUAGUUUUACUUUGAACUCUUUAUUUUGUCUAUGUAUCAUUUCGACUAUGACAAGUUCAAAUUUAUAGCAACUAUGAGCAAUACUCUCUGACUUCAGGGAGAUUUCUAAUUUUGUAAGUCAGUCACAUAGGUUGUGUUUUUAAGUUCUUUCAUGUGUUUGUUAUUUUAUUAAUUGGCCUGAAUGAUGAGGUCAGAUCACUACGUAUUUCCAUUGGUAGAAAAAUCUGUGUAGAAAAGUCUAUGCCCUUUUUACAAUAAUAUUUUAUUUUUUAAAAUCAGCCUAAAUAUUAGCCUGCAAGAGCUAUCCUAAACAGUCACAAUUAAACUGUGCUAUGUAAGAAGACUAUUGUGAAGCAUUUACCUCUCCCCCAGAUUAUGACAUUUCCAUUUUCUGGAGUAGCACGUUAAGGGGUAUAAUUCUUAAUUUUUUUAUUCUGUCAGUAGAGAUUCACGUUAGAUAAGUUUUCGUUUUGUUUUUAUAUUCUUAGACCAUUCCAUAUUUGCUCAUCCCAUAAUACAGUUUAUGCAGGAAGAUUAAAAUUAUGUAACUUUUUUUUCUGAAAACUACCAGUUAUAAUAGUUUAAAGGAAUAGAUUGGCAUCUUUGUUUAUAGGAGAACAUUUGUAAAUAAAGUUAAAUUUCCAAGUCAA